AUGCCGGACCCGAACCUCACCGAGGGCUCCUAUAUCGACUAUCGCCGUUUUGACGCUCUCAAUAUCGAGCCACGCUUUGAAUUUGGGUUUGGCCUUACUUAUACAACCUCCAAUUAUUCGGAUCUCGGGAUAAGCCAUACCGAUGCUGACUGUUCCUAUUAUCCGCCGCCCGGCGAGAUCAUGGAGGGUGGUCUCGAAUCCCUCUGGGAUGUCGUUGCCGUCGUGACCGCGAGAGUCUCAAAUGCUGGAGAAGUUACAGCUUCGGAAGUUCCCCAGCUCCAUAUGGGCAUACCAGGUGCGCCGGCUGAGCAGCUACGCGGCUUUACGAAGAUCCCCUUGGAGCCUGAUGAGACCAAGUCUGUUCAUUUCCCGCUGACCAGACAUGAUCUCAGUCGGUGGGAUACCGAAUUACAGAGCUGUUAUCUACAGAGGGGAGAGUACAAGGUGUACGUUGGCUCUAGCAGCCGCGAUAUCAGACUGACCGGCACCUUGGCCUUCUAA